UGUUUCGUUUAAAAAUGGCUGAAAUAUUGAUUUCCCAUGUAAACAUAGGCCACCUUUACCUCUUUCAUUUCCUGUGCCUGAUCAUUGUUCAUCGUGUAAUUCCAACAUGUUAAUUAAAAGAGGUCUACAAAGUGUUUCAACAAUUAUGUUGUAAUCACACAAGAGAUCAUCAAAUUAAUCCAACCGAUUUUCUAGUUAAUACGCAAAUAAACAUAAACAAAUCAAUGGAUUAGAUCACUUCCGGUAACAGUAGGACAUCGAAGAUGUCGUAUAUUCGUCUGCUGACAACUGAUGUUGAAUGUGUGAUGUUGGUUUAGACAGUGACAGUGAACAGCAACAUACCACCUAACCUGAUGUUGAUAUGUUUUUCGAGUUAAAGGAAUGACUGCUUUAUAUAAUUCAGUCUUGUGUGGAAUGAACGACGUCUGUUUUCAUUGCUCAGGGCAAUGUCUGAGCAGUCAUUGAAUUGAUACAGUAGCUAAUAACCAACUGAUAACCGUAAAGAGCUGUGCGAGGGUAGACCGUGAUGGCCGUGCGGAUGAACGUACUAUACUUAUAUUCAGACAAUAAAGGAUAAUGGUGUUACUGAAUGCGGCAAGAACAUUAUGACUACAUAGAAAAUUUAAAGCUGAUGAGAAAACAACAUUGUUGAUUUGCUUUAUUUCUAUGCAGUUUUUUCGGAAAAAAUCCUGAAACUGAAAUGGCAGACAAUAAUGAAAGGCCAGGAAGUGUGGAUGAAUCUUUUGAAUUCAUCAAUUAUCCAGAGGAUGACGCUGCUGAAAAGAAAGGUCAAGGACCAGACCAUUUUAAGUCACGUAAUUCAGAGUAUGGGUGGUUGAAUGAUGGGGAGUCGUCACGUGGAAAUCCUGUUACAAAGGAGAAGUUUGAGCAAAUGUUUGACGAGGAUGGACGUAUCGUAGACGAACACUCCCUGCGUAAAGCAGUUUUCAUGGGUGGAGUUGACCUGUCCAUUAGGAGGAAGGUGUGGCAGUUUCUGUUCGGACUCUAUCCCUGUACUUCCACUGCCAGGGAAAGGGAAGAGAUUCUUUUGGAUUACAUCAUGAAAUACCAUGAGCAAAAGUCUAGAUGGAAAACAAUGCUUGUUCUGGACUCUAAGCCUGGGGCCACGCCCCUGGAGCAGGGACUGAUAGGACGCUAUCAGGUGGAGGACCCCACCAAUCAGCUACAGAGUCCCACCACUCCCCCUCACGGCAUCAUGUCACCACUGGAACUGCUCUCUAGAAAUGAGGACGCAGCACGCAUGUCCGUAGACCAGCCUGACUUCAGCAUUCUGUCAAAGAACUUUGCAAAUAUUGAUGUGUCCACACCUGAAAUGCAACAGAAAAUAGACUUUGUAAAAAUACAGUCUCAGGUGUUUGUGAACAGGCAGAAGGUGGAUGUAAAGGACUUAUGGACGCAUAUACGAGUGAUAGACAAGGAUGUCCCACGCACCGACCGUGAUCAAGAGUACUUCAGGGGAGCGAGGAACCCACACCUAACCGUGCUGCGAGACAUCCUUGUCACCUUCUCUGCCUUCCAUCCUGUCAUUGGCUACGCCCAGGGAAUGAAUGACAUACUGGCACGCUUCCUGGUUGUGUUUGACUCUGAGGUGGAGGCCUACUGGUGCUUCCGCAACUACCUAGACCACAUACAAGAGGAAUUCACAGAGGAAGGCAUGAUGAAAAAGAUAGACCUGGUGGUGAUGUUACUACGAGAGAUGGACACUGAACUGUUAGACCACCUCAACAAACACGACCUUGGUGACCUCAUGUUCUGUCACAGAUGGCUGUUACUUGGGUUUAAGAGAGAGUUUAGCUUUGCCGACUCCCUCCGCUGUUUUGAAAUUCUAAGCAGUCACCAUCUGGAGCUCUUCUCUAUGGAGGCUGAAAAUGCCCGGCGCAAGGAAGUCAUGAAAGAAUUUGAAAAUUUUGCGUACAUAUUUCCAGGAGGAGGGACACGGUCGGAGCAUCUUGCUGUCAGGAUGGACUACACCUUUGAGCUAUUUAUGUGUCUUGCCCUUCUGAUGGACUGUAGGACAGAGCUGCUGAAGUGUAUAGACUCCGCCAUGGUGUUUGGCACCAUCAACAGUUUGAAGAUCAAUUUGGAGGAAACACUAACCAAAGCAGCAAAACUCUUCUACAAGUACUGUAAAAAGACAGUGGAGGAAAGCUUCCUGAUGAUUGACCCUCCUAAAACCUCCACAUCAAAGAGAUGACAAGGGAGGCAACUCUUGUGAAAAUGAUGUGAAUAGUGUACUAUUCAGUUAUACGACCCCAGAAUAUCUAGUCAUCAGGUCAGCUAAGCAGAGGUCACCGGAGGUUAAAAACAAAGCAAGGGACUUUCAAUAGUUUGUGUCACACAAUGACUGUUAUCCCAAGUGUAACACAGACUUUAUCUCUUGAGUGAAAUUGUGUUAUAAGAGUCUUAUGAGUGACAAGUGUAAUUUACAGGUUAUCACACGAGUGACUGUGUUAUAUACAGCUUAUCACACGAGUGACAGUGUUAUAUACAGCUUAUCACAUGAGUGACAGUGUUAUAUACAGGUUAUCACAUCAGUGACAGUGUUAUA